AUGGGAGUCAAAUUGGAGGAUGAGGACUCUGAUUUUGGACUUUCUGAUACUGAUGCUGGCGAAUCAUCUGAAAGCGAUAACCAUAGCGGCAAUGACAGCGGUGGUGGCAGCGGUGGCAGCAGCGUUCGUAGUCGCGGAGGAGGCAGCGUUCGUGGUCGCGGAGGUGGCAGCGUUCGUGGUCGCGGAGGUGGUAGUGGCAGUGGCAGUGGUGGCACUGUAUCAUCAACAAAGCGCAAGCGGCCUAAUGCAGGCAAGUCUGCCAGCACAGACAGUGCUGCUGACCAGGGUAAUGGCAAUCAAGAUGAUCCAGUGGAUGUUGAGAACCCAAAGAAGAAAGCCAAAAACUCACGUCCUAAGUCUGGUUCUGCUAGCGCUCCUACUGCCCCUACAACUGUUGGCAGAAUGACCAGGUCUGCCGGCUCUAAAUCUAAGACUGCCAGUUCUAAGUCGAAGGCUACCCCUUCCAAGUCUAACACUGCCGCUUCUAAGUAUAAGUCUAUUAGUUCUAGGUCUAAGGGGAAGGGGAAGGGGAAGGCUAAAGAGCCUGUGAGCAGUAUGCUUGUCAACUCCGAGGAUGACGACAGUGAUGGGGCUGGUAAUGAGGAUGAAGAAAAUGGUGACGAGGAUGGCGACGAGGCUGAGUGA